AUGCGGCCCUGCGGCUACUGCACCACUGUUAUUGCCAUUCUUUUCUUUUCGACAUCCCCAUCGUCACCCUUCCUCACCCACCUUUCCCCCUCCCCUGUGCCCCCGCCUGACAACACUCUGCCGCUCGACUCACCGAUUCCGAACCGCGGUGCGUUUUACCUGAACGGUCUGCGCCUGUUCGACCCCACGCUCGUCGGCUACCGAGAGAUGUCGCGCGUCUGGCACGACGUCGUCAACGGUCAGGACGAGGUGUCCGUCGACGGGCUCGGCUGGUGGCCGGGCAAGUGGAAGAUGGGCAUGAGCUCGUUCGGGCCGAAGGAGAGCGACGGCGCGACGAAGGUCGUGAAUGACGGGGGGGGUGAGGACGAUAGCGACUCAGCUACACUGGCUGAGCACGCGAGCGAUGCCGAUGACGCGGCCGCCGACGGCGAUGCCACGAAGGCUACGCCCUACAUUGUGCACACCGAGUCGCCUUUGCCCAAGCACUACGUCGACCUGCGGUUCGGUGGGCUAGGCUUCGUGCUCGACCUGGGCUGGCGGCGGACGGACGAGGGCCUGCGCUGGGAAGUGGAGGACACGAUGCGUGCGGCCGCGCUGAACCGCCGCGCCGGCCCCGCUGCGCCCGCCAAGAAGGACGUGCUCGACAGCACCGAGCCGCAGCGCGCGCAGCACUCCGGCUGGCUCCGCUCUCCCUUUGUCAACUCGUGGUGA